AACGUUUGUGGGAAUCGGAACCGCAUCGCCUGGAGUCAACAUGCCGAAGUUUUAUUGUGAUUACUGUGAUACUUAUCUCACCCAUGACUCUCCGUCUGUGAGGAAAACCCAUUGCAGUGGCAGAAAACAUAAGGAGAAUGUGAAAGAUUACUAUCAAAAAUGGAUGGAAGAACAAGCACAGAGCCUGAUAGAUAAAACAACGGCAGCAUUUCAGCAAGGCAAAAUCCCACCUACCCCAUUCUCUGCUCCACCUCCUGGAGGAGCAAUGAUACCACCACCACCUAAUAUCCCUGGUCCUCCACGGCCUGGUAUGAUGCCAGCACCCCAUAUGGGUGGACCACCAAUGAUGCCAAUGAUGGGACCACCUCCUCCAGGAAUGAUGCCAGUUGGACCUGCUCCAGGAAUGAGGCCACCUAUGGGAGGACAUAUGCCAAUGAUGCCAGGACCACCAAUGAUGAGACCUCCAUCCAGGCCCAUGAUGGUACCAGCCAGACCAGGAAUGGCUCGCCCAGACAGAUAAAGUGGAAUUGGACCCUUUGCUCCCUUUUUUUAGUUGUACGCCUUUCUGAUAAGCUGUGGAAGUUGCAUUGCCCAAAUUGUUAACAUUUUUUUAAAUUUGCAAUCUAAAAUUGGGGGAAGGAGAAAAGUCCUGGGAGAAAAAAACAUAAAUAUUGGACAAAGGCUUUGUAGCAUUUCCCAAAUAUUUUUUCAUGUUUGUUGUCAAAUAAAAUAUUGAUAAUUGGUUUCUCAUGUGUUGUGGGCUGAAACUAUGAUGAUUCCAUUAAAAUAGUAAUAAUUUAUGGUUGUAUGUUUCUUCCCAAAAGUGACAUUGCUCAUUGUGGGUGGUCCCUUCCACCACCUUUCAAAUCUACACAUGAAUUCCAGUAUUAAUACUUAAUUCCGAACUUGCUCUCAUCCUUUAGUGUGCUUUUAUCACUCUAAACUGUUGAGGUCUAGGGCGUUCUCUUCACCCUACACCUAACCAUUCUGAUCAUUGUUCUAUAACAAUCUGUUUUGAAAGCUUCCUUCCACGCAAUGUUUGGAAUACUACUGUGAUACUAUCCUUAGUUGUGGGUGGGAUAGAAAAAAAUGGAGACUAAAUUAAACUGUCUAAUCCUUAGUCAUCAUGCCAGAGAAUAGUUUUGCACAAUUUGAGAUGCAAGUGAUUUUGCAUCUUGUUGCAUCUUGAUACUUGUUACACUAGGUGGGAUGACAGUUGAUAAUCAGUAUUCUAUAUGGGUUCUUAGUGGUAAAUAUUUCAGUAACUUAUGCUUUCUUUUUCCAAUUAUAAAGAAAAUUUUUUGUACUUCGAGAUAAAAAUAUACAUUGAUGCACUGUUAAAAUUAAACAACUUGAAAACA